GUGGGCUGAUCGAUAAUUUAGGCUAAUCCUGCGAGGCGCCGGUGGGUGAGGACGGGCAGGGCUGCGUGCAGCCGGCUCGGGUACCGUAAAUAAACACCAACACCGGGCCGAGAGCGCUGCAGCGGCACCGGGAGGAGAGCGCCGGGGCUUGCCUCGCUGGAGUCAGGAGAAGGGGAUCGGCUCCUCCGGGGGGGAGUCUCGGGAGGCUCCGACCCCACGCACCCCGAAUGUUCUGGGGAGCCCGGGGGGCUCCGGCCCCCACACCCGGUGGGGUUCUGGGUGGUCUCGUCUCUGCGCAGCCGGCGGGGUCCCGAAGGGUCCCGGGGGUCUCCAGCCCCGCGGUUCCGCAGGAUCCCGGAGGUCCCGGGGUUGUCGCGGGGCUCUCAGCCCCGCAGGAUCCCGGGAUGCUCUCGGGGCUCUCAGCCCUGCAGGAUCCCGGGAUGCUCCCGGUGCUCCAGGGAUGCUCCCGGUGCUCCUGGGAUGCUCCCGGUGCUCCUGGGGCUCUCAGCCCUGCACGAUCCCGGGAUGCUCCCGGUGCUUCCAGGGCUCUCAGCCCUGCAGGAUCCCGCUAUUCCCGGGAUGGUCCCGGUGCUCCAGGUGCUCUCAGCCCCGCAGGAUCCCGGGAUGCUCCCGGCGCUCCCGGGGCUCUCAGCCCCGCAGGAUCCCGGUGCUCCCGGGAUGCUCCCGGGGCUCUCAGCCCCGCAGGAUCCCGCUGUUCCCGGGACGCUCCCGCUGUUCCCGGGACGCUCCCGCUGUUCCCGGGAUGCUCCCAGGGCUCCCAGCCCCGCAGGAUCCCGCUGUUCCCGGGACGCUCCCGCUGUUCCCGGGACGCUCCCGGUGCUCCCAGCCCCGCAGGAUCCCGCUGUUCCCGGGACGCUCCCGCUGUUCCCGGGACGCUCCCGGUGCUCCCAGGGCUCUCAGCCCCGCCGGAUCCCGGUGCUCCCGGGACGCUCCCGCUGUUCCCGGGAUGCUCCCAGGGCUCUCAGCCCCACAGGAUCCCGCUGUUCCCGGGACGCUCCCGCUGUUCCCGGGACGCUCCCGGUGCCCCCGGCGCUCUCAGCCGCGCUCGGCCCGGCCCGUUGGCUGUUCUCUGUCGCCACCCCGCGGUCACGGCGGGCAGCGCAGCCGGUCCCGCCCCGCGGGCAGCAGCGGCCGCGGCGCCGCCGAAAUGUCGGGAAAAAUUCGGAAUUCGGGGAAAACGCGUCUCCUCCGGACGCUGCUGAGGCCUCCUGAAGCCCCGACAGCGCCGGGCUGGAGCGGAAGCACUGAAAGCAUCUCCGGUUCUACCGGGUUUGAAGAAGGGACAGCAAACACCGGCACCGCCGCGGGUUCGCAGCGCCGCGAGCACAACGCGGGCGCUGAUCCGUCAAAGGGACCAUUCCUACAGAAAUCCCGUCUCCACUCGCUCGUUUGACACUGCUGAGAAGGGCUUCUAGAGACUUCAGUUGGACAGAGAACAACUACACUUCAAACCGUCAUUUCAAACUCCUCAUUUCCAUUAUCUACCAAAUUCCAUUAUCUACCAAAUUUCAAACUCCUCAUUUCCAUUAUCUACCAAAUUCCUAUUUCCUCCUUGUUUCUAAAAGCUCAGCUCUGCUGAAGAACACGGUGCAGAAUUUGACCUACAAACCCUUCUUGACGGUGAUAAUAUUUAAAAAAAGGAAUAAAUCGGUCUGAUAAACACAGUGAGAAACAUUGUGGCUUUUUACAGCAAAUACUGCUUCCCGUGGGAU